AUGUCGGAAGCCGCUGUAAGCCCGAAGGUAGCCGAAUACGUUGCGAAAUGGCACGCCAGAGGCCAGAAAAAGGUGACGCCCGUGCAAGGCCGGGAACUGCGCUACCUGACGAUGGAGGGUGUAUCGCCCAAACAUCUGGGCGACAGACUCAAGUUGGCAACGGCGACGGUUAAUACGGCAAUUAAAAGGGUAGGACCGGGACCCGGGCUGAUAACCACGAGCAAACUGUUCCGAGAGCUGGUGGCCUCAGGAGAGAUAUGGCAAGCGGUCGGCUGGGAUAGGGCUUUGGAAAGGGCAGCUUCCGUUUCGACGGCGGGACCCACGGAUGGAAGCGAGGAGGAUGCUUGGAGCGAUGGCAACGAGACCGACAGCGAGGAUUGGGAGGCGGAAGAUGAAUUGCUCGACAACAGACCGCCGUGGAAGGUGGCCUAUAACACGGGAGGAGCAAAGACACUGCAAGACGUGCUGGAGGCGACUGCGCCUCCCCUCAUCGCCCGUCUAGACGAUAUCAAGGGCUGUGGGGUAACUACUGUCGAUGACUUGAAGGAAUUGGGACGGUGGACGCGGGUCUCGCAGAAGGAAUUUGCCGCCCGCGUAGGGAUGAGCGCGAUGGAAGAGAUGGUGCUGUCGGCGUACGCCAAGCAACUGGCCACUGACGAUGCGGUGCAGCCAAACGUCCUCAGGGCAGUCUACGGCUUGCACGAGGCAAAGGAGGAAGUGAGCGACUGGAUACAGGAGGAUGGCAAGCCAGAGCAGUUGCACGCGGUGGCCCGCGGCCUCGCGCGUGCAGGGAUCACUCAGCGGAGUGACCUGGUGCAACUGGGCUGGAUGGGCGAGGAAUGGCUAGUGGGCCUCAUCAGCAUGCUGUUGCCGGAGAGGGAGCUCUCCUUGGUCGUACUUCGUAUCUGCGAGAAGAUCCUGGAGGAGGUGAAGGAGGUCUGGGAUGUGUGGUGUGCCAUGCCCGCGGCGGAACACGAGGACUACUUUGUCUACGAGUAG